GGCGUGCUUCAGCUGUAGUUGAUUAAGGAUGAUCUAGGUCACUGAUACGUGCAGCUAUAGAAGACAAGCCAUAAGAUGGAGCAGAGCUCAUGCACAGAGGAUCGUAUUGAGCAUGUUCUUGAACGCUGCCUGUGUGACCUCGGUCUCAACACGCCUGACAAACAACUCUGGAAUGCCGGACUGUGUAUAAACCGCUGGUGUUUGGAGGAACUGGUGAAGAGAGAUCCUCACAACUUCCCCAUACUACUGCAGAAAAUUCUGAGGAAAACAAAAGAGGUGCUAGAGCAGUGUCGAUAUGAACAGGUGGUGCCUCUGACUCUCCUGUUCUCUUCAACUCUCCUAAAAGCUCCUUACGUGGCUCCAGAUUGCAAUGUGCUGCAGGAGGCCUACCUGCUGUUUCAUAGUUUCCUGUCCUGGCCUGACCCAUGCUGCUCUGCUAGUAAACGCCUGCUGAAUAUCAUCUACCAGGAGCUCAGAGCACCAGGUAUUUCUUUUCAAAGACUGGUGAGAACUGAGCAGGGGGUUUCCCCUGAGAUCCCCUGCUCUAAAACCAUGACGGUUCUUUUAUUGAGCCCAGAUGAGGACAUACCCCAAGAAGUCCAGUCAGUCUCCGAGCAGCUGAGUAGCACCAAACAGUCCGACAGAGACGUCACUAUCACCCUCAUCCUGCAGGGCUUUCAAUCUGCACUGGGCACCAAAUAUGACCUGAAUGAGCUCCGUGUUGCCCUGCAGGCAAAGAAGUCCGAAGAGCUGGAGCAGCUCCUGGAGGUAAUGGCUGACAGUAUGGAGAAGGCAGCCUCCACAGCAGAUCUCAGCACAGCUAAACAAGGUCUACAACGAAGCAUGGAGAGGCUCAGAGAAAGCCUCACCGUUCCUGCUUCUGCUGACAGCCGCUCAUACACUGGAGCUGUUGAGACUUUCAUGCUGCCCUUCCCCAAAUGUCACACAUGCUCCUGGGAAAAUGAUAACUUUGAUAUUCUGAAUGACAUCCUCACAAGAGAGUACGACCUCGAUUCAUCUUCAGACUGUUUCCUCAAUACAACAAUGGAAGAGGAUGAUGAUAAUAAUAAUAUUGACACCAGUGUGGACGAGGAAGACGAGGUGGAGGGAAACAAAACAGAUCUCGACAUUAAAAACCACCGCAUCUCCACCACAUCCUCCUCUUCAAGGGACAGCUGGACUAUGGCCUCUACGCCGUCUGGCUCAUCAGGUGUAGAGAGCGACUUCAGCGAGGACACGGGACAUGAGGACACUACUGAACAACAAGAUAGCCAACCAAAGCUCAGAAAGAAACCUAAAAAGAAGUCCAGGUCCCUCUUAGGGGUUGAGCGCAUCUCCAUGCUUUUCAAGGCUCCCCGCAGUCCUAGUCUUUGCCGCCGUGCGCAGAGCAUGGGCUUCCAUGGUGACUUGCACAAAGAAAUUCAUAGAACUGGUUCACACCACAAAUCUGCCAAGUCCCCGUUCAAGCAGAUUUGGCCUAUGCAGGCACCCAGUGCAUCUACUUUAGAUCCUCUCUCCCCCAAGAAGCACAUGUGCAUCCGCAGGAGGCCAAUUCUGAGCUGCGAUGAGGGCGAUGUGGCAGACGUAGUUACCCUGGUGCGGGUGGUUGUGUUUGGAGGUGAUAAGGAGGCUGGUAGGUUGGCCAGAGCAUACAGAGACCUGCAGCAGAAAGAGAGCAAACGUCCCCGGCUCACAAAAACCUGCAGACUGCAGUUUUACUUUGUUCCCACAAAAAGGAGAACUACAGGAAGCCCGACAGGAGGAAACACACCAACUGAGGGGCAGACAGGAAGUUCAACUAAAGCUGUGGAGUCUAAUGACAGCGUACAGGAGGACAGUACAGUUGAUAUAGCCAGGAUGUUGGGCAUGAUGGAUCCUUGGUAUGAGCGGAAUGUCCUCAGUCUGAUCAGUCUGACCUCAGGCGUCCUUUGUCAGGCUAAGGAAGGUGAUGUCUCAGUGAGUAAUGGCAACAUGGAGCGUAUUCCCCUGCUGGCCGACAUGGUGCUUUAUUACUGCAGAAAUGCAGAUCAGCCUGUUCUGGUGCAGCUCUACCAGGCUGAGCUGACUCUGGCUGGAGGAGAGAAGAGAAAGGAAGUGUUUAUUCACUCUCUGGAGCUUGGGCACACCGCUGGAACCAGAGCUGUUAAGGCUAUGGGUGCUGCCAGCAAAAGGUUUGGGAUUGAUCGAGAACGAGAGGCUGUUCCUUUAACACUAAGUGUUGCCUACAACAAGGUGGCUGUUAGUGGGAGGAGCCAGUGGACACAAACAGAGAUGGUUUGCACAUCUAUCAAUCUUUAUAAAGCCUGCAGGAAACCUGAGCAGCUAGAUUCAAGAAUAGAAAGCCUGCAGCUGACGAUGACAGAAGUUCUGAAGAGGCAGUCUAAAAAGAGCUACAACCAGCACAUCUUGACGUCAGAGGUGAAGGUGGACAAGGUGCAGGUGAAUGGCAGAGGUGACGGAACAACUUUUUCUGUGUGUCUGGAUCAGGAUGAAAAGAAGUUCAUCCAAAGUGUCACCAGGUGUGAAGUGUUUUUGUGCUGUAAACCAGGAAGCAGUUCAGACUGGAGGUCCUACAAGCCCUCGCCAGGCCAAGUCCAGCCUUUGCACCCAUCCUAUUGCUCCCUGCUCUGCCUUCCCAUCACAUCUUUCUCCGGCUCAUGUCCCUGACACACUUCAUACUGCACUUCAUCAAACCAUGGACGUUAUAUAUCAUUUACACAGGAUGGACACUUGAUAUGGUGCAGACAUAUACUGAAAAACAAAGCAGGGAGCAAAUUAUGAUAAGUGUGACAUUAUCUGAGUUCGGUUCGU